CUCUAUGUGAACAAUUUCCCUGUGUGUGGUGUCAAGAAGUGGUCAAAGUGGUGGAAGGUGCCCCCAGAGCUGUGUGGAAAGGGACAGAAAACACACAUUCGCGGCAUUCGUAAAACCCAGUGAACAAAGAUUGCAUUACAGGCGACAACAGUGGCUGCCGGUUGGUAAGCAUGAAGACCCCGAUCCACACCGUCAGUGGCAUUUUGCCCCACGAUGGCUCGUACGACAACGAAGCGAUGAGCUGCUCGACUCUCGACAUAUCGGCCAGAAAUGGGGAACCCCACGGCGGCUUGCGUGGAUCGAACGAAUUUAUCCUGUCCGAUAGUGGGGAAAAAGUGACGGCCGAUCAGCAAAGCGGAAUCAACCUAUGGCUUCAGCGGAAGGCGAAAAGUGCGUUCUCGGAGAAGAUGAUCAAAAAGCGCCUCCCGAUUCUGCGAUGGUUGCCACAGUACAAUUCCACGGACGCGGUCGGGGAUUUGGUGGCGGGAAUAACCGUCGGACUGACGGUAAUACCACAGGCCCUCGCUUACGCCGGCAUUGCAGGGCUUCCCGCAGCGUACGGUCUAUAUGGAUCAUUCGUCGGUUGCAUUGUUUACAUCGUGUUCGGAAGCUGCAAAGAUGUUCCGAUGGGUCCCACCGCCAUAGCUUCACUACUCACGUUCCAAACCGCCGGCGGUAGUGUCGGGAAAUCGAUCCUCCUUUGCUUCCUCUCCGGUAUCAUUGAACUGGUGAUGGGCAUUUUUGGGCUCGGUUUUCUCGUGGACUUCGUGUCGGGCCCGGUAUCGUCCGGCUUUACAUCGGCCGUCUCGCUGAUCAUUGUGACGUCGCAGGUGAAGGACGUGCUAGGAAUCACGGCCAAGGGCGCAACGUUUGUCGAAAUCUGGAAAAACAUUUUCAACGACAUCCACAACGUACAGCUCUGGGACACGUUCCUCGGGAUCACCUGUAUCGCAGUGCUACUGAUCAUGCGGAUUGUCGCUGGUCUUAAGAUAGGUCCGGCGGACGAUGAGCAGAAAUCAAAGAACCAUCGGAUCAUCAACAAACUGAUGUGGCUGAUCGGUACGUCACGCAACGCCAUCCUGGUCGUAGUUUGCGGUGCCAUCGGUUACACCUUCCAGUCGUCGGCCACCGCACCAUUCAAGCUGAUCGGUGACAUUCCCCCGGGUAUGCCGUCGAUCAAAGUGCCACCGUUUUCCCUGACCGCCAACGAAACGAUGUCUGGCCAAGAGGAGUCAUUCGCCGACAUGGUUUCCAGCCUUGGUUCGGGACUGAUUGUCGUGCCGCUGAUUGCGCUGAUGGAAAACAUUGCGAUCUGCAAAGCUUUCUCGAACGGAAAACCGGUGGACGCAACGCAAGAGCUGAUCGCGAUCGGUUUAGCCAACAUUGCUAACUCUUUCGUGCAGGGUUUCCCCGGGACGGGCUCGCUGAGCCGGAGUGCCGUCAACAAUGCGUCCGGCGUGCGGACACCGAUGGGCAACAUCUACACGAUGGCCCUCGUUGUGGCGUCCCUGCUCUUCUUCACACCCUACUUUUCCUACAUUCCUAAGGCAUCGCUGGCGGCGAUCAUUAUCGCUGCGGUUGUCUUUAUGGUGGAGGUUAAGGUGGUGAAGCCGAUGUGGAGAACCAAAAAAAGUGACCUAAUUCCCGGUUUGGGCACGUUCAUUGCCUGCUUGGCGCUGCCACUGGAGAUGGGCAUUCUGUUUGGUAUCGGGUUGAACGUUGUUUUCAUUCUCUAUCAUGCGGCACGGCCAAAAAUAUCCGUUGAACGGCUAACGAGCCCGGGCGGAACGGAGUAUUUGAUCAUUACGCCCGACCGUUGCUUGAUCUUCCCGUCCGUUGAUUACGUGCGCAACCUGGUGACGAAGCAAUCGAUCCGCCAGUCGCUUCCGGUCGUGAUCGACUGCUCGCACGUUUACGGUGCCGAUUAUACUGCAGCUACCGUUAUCGAUAGCAUAACGCAGGACUUUGCACGUCGUGAUCAGCCUCUGUUUUUCUACAACCUUAAACCAAGCGUGUGCGCUAUCUUCGAGGGCCUGUCCCCGGCCGAUUUCGUCGUUUACUACCGGGAGGAGCAUUUGGACGACCUGCUCAAACAGCGUGCAUUCAAGCCAAAGGAAGUGAUUAGUGUCUAAUCGCUAAUGAGAAACGUCCUGCCCUACGCCUUGCUGUAAAACAGUAUUACGCCUAAGAAACGAAACGAAGCGGAACGGGAAUGUAUUGAACGACAGACGUGCCAGAUAUGCCGGAUUAGUACCCUGCUUGUUAGAUGGCAACGGGCCUAACGAUUCUUAUUUUAUGGUCCAUCUCACACAUGCAGGUGAAUUGUUCAAAACAUAAUUUGGCUGUUGUGGGUAGCAAACUAAGUUAAAAGACAAAAUGCUUCGCUACGAGAGUCGCUACCGAUUGCACCUUUAGCACAAAAGACAAAUUAUAGACUACAACGAAGUGCAUUCAUGCAUCGAAGGACCAUUGGAUCUGAGCUAGAUCUAUUUAUUCAUUCCCGCGGUUACUGGUGAGAAAUUGUGGACACGAAGUGAACCAGCCAUAGCGUUAUUUAUCUGCUUUCUUAGUGCCACGCAAUUUGUUCCACCGCAGUUACUGCAAGAAGAAGACUUAAGAAACACUGAACGUAUGGCCUCAUGAUUGGCGAGUAUUUGGUUCGUGUAAAGGAUUUGAAAAAAACAAAACGUGAUGAAAUAAUUUUGUACAUUGUUGAACUA